CUUCUGUUUUACGUUAUAAUGAGCAUUAUUACCUCUAAACUAUAAUAAUAUGCCAGCCGAUAACUCCAUCAAGAUUUUCUCAGGUAAUGCCUCUCCUGCACUUGCCGCAUUGGUCGCAAAAAGACUAGGCAUCCAACUUGCCAAAGCCACUGUUGAAAAGUUUUCUAACCAAGAAACUUCUGUCAAAAUUGGAGAGUCUGUUCGUGACGAAGACGUAUUCAUUGUCCAGUCAGGUUGUGGUGAAAUAAACGAUAAUUUGAUGGAGUUGCUUAUCAUGAUCAACGCCUGCAAGACUGCUUCUGCUCGUCGUAUUACUGCAGUUAUCCCUUGUUUCUUUUAUGCACGCCAAGACAAGAAGGAUAAGAGUCGUGCUCCUAUUACUGCUCGUUUGACGGCCAAUAUGUUGACCGUGGCUGGCGCUGACCAUGUUAUCACUAUGGACCUCCAUGCUUCUCAAAUUCAAGGCUUUUUUAAUAUUCCUGUUGAUAAUUUGUAUUGUGAGCCUUCUACUAUUCAAUACAUUAAGACUCAAAUUCCUAACUGGGAGAAUGCCAUGAUUGUCUCUCCCGAUGCUGGUGGUGCCAAGAGAGCUACUUCUAUUGCUGAUAAUUUACAGUUGGAUUUUGCCCUUAUCCAUAAAGAACGUAAGAAGGCCAAUGAAGUCUCUCGAAUGGUCCUUGUGGGUGAUGUGACAGGCAAAAUUGCUAUUUUGGUAGAUGACAUGGCCGACACAUGUGGUACACUUGGUUUGGCUGCAAAGACUUUGAUGGAGAACGGCGCUGAAAAAGUCUAUGCUAUUGUUGCUCAUGGUAUCCUUUCUGGCAGAGCUAUUCAGGUCAUUAACAAUUCUGUUAUUGAAAAGAUGGUGAUUACCAACACAAUUCCCUCUGAAGAAAAGAUGGCUCUUUGUCCUAAAUUGGAUAUCAUUGAUAUCUCACCUACGCUUGCUGAGGCUAUUAGAAGAACUCACAACGGUGAAUCUGUUUCUUAUUUAUUCCACAACGCCCCUCAAUAAUAGAUUUGUUUGUUUCUUUUUUUUCGUAGAAUGUUUUUUAUAGAAUGUUAUUAAACUGUUGAAACGAUUAUCAUUGUCAUUGU